ACAACGAGAAGGGCCUCGCUAGUCGGGCUGUAUGCUACAGGCCAUUAAACCGAUCGGUUUUACAGUGUUUUAAUGAAAAUCGAGCUCUGGAUCAAGCAAAGGCAAACGCAGUCGGCUACUGAACUCGUUAAUUUACAGAACUGUGCAGGUUAUUGAUCUGCCAGACCUCCUGUUUGUUGUUUGAAAGGUCGUCCAGGAUUUGUUCAUUAAAACUUGGAGAUGGAAGGUGUUCAUGUCGGAGUGGUCAGAGACUCAAUGCUGAACAAUCCUCUUUUAAUAAGGCCUACACUUGGUAAGACCAAAUCCAGAGGACUGCCCUGUCCAGGACCUGACUUUGUUUAUGGGCCAGUGACCACAGUUCAUGACGGAGGAGUGUCAGAGGCUAUUUCCAGCUGGCACACUCCCUCACUGUCCUCAAGUAACUCUGCCCGAUACAGAAAGGCAGAGCGGGACUUUGUGGCUCUGAACCGUGAGGGGGUGAAGUCAGGCCUGGUGACGGCCAAGGAGCUGCAGCAGUACCGUGCAACUCAUGAUAUCAGACGCCCAAUCGCUUCCAAAGAUGCACGCAGGUCUGCUCCAGCACGAUUACCACAGGAUAUCACAUUCGGUGUAUCUACACGACCUUCUACUCCUAUCUCUGAGCUGAUGGAGUAUAAGUAUGCUCAGAGGUGGCUGGAGGAGCAGCAGGCCAAGGACAGAGCCCUGCUGGCACGCCAGCAUAAAAAGGUUCAGCUCGGCAGGAUACAGGACACCCGUACCACCCUCCUCCGAAAGAGUCGCCCUGUGGAGGAGGCCCCAUCCGUGUGGAAACUGCCCCGCUUCCAGCAGAUCGGACCAGCCCUGGACACCUUUCGAGAUGCUGAAGUCCGGAAGAGGGCCAUGGCUGCACAUUACUCUGAAUCGGCAGCCAGAAGAGGGCUGCUGGGACAGGGCACUUACACUGUUGACUGACGGAUAGACUCAUAACCCCAGUCUUUAUCUCUAUAAUCUACCAGUCUGUGCUUCAGAUCACUCAUACUUUGUCUAGCAGGCUUAGUGAUAUCAGCUCAUUUUCAAGAGGGGCUACUUGUCAAUCCUUACAGCCUGAUUAGUUAUUUUGAGUGAAUGGUGCAGAUAUCAGUGCAUCACUGUAGAUGCUUUGAUGCUCACUGAGUCUUUAACAUUCAGAUAAAGGUCUGUUAAAUGCAACUGAACUUUAAGUUGAAUGUAACAAAUUAUUUUGAAUCCAAUGCUUGUUUGUUAAUAAUUGGAGCGUAAUCUAUAGGGGGACUAUCAAAAUAGUUUGCACCACAAAUCAUGUACUUUCAUGUGAUUUCCUCACACAUUCUGUCUGUCUUGGCUGGAUAGAAUGUAAAGCACACAUGGUUUGAAUGUAUUAUUCGCAUUAACUAUUAAAGGGCCCAGAUCAUGAAAAA